AUGGACGAUCAUGGCGAGUUCGACAGCGUCUCAUGGCAACGAGAAGAUACACCAGAGGGGGAAUCAUCAGCUCCGUUUCACGGCAGCCUGCCAGAUAGAUCCGCCACCGGGCCGCGGAGCGACAGCAUAUCCAGUGAACCUCAGGCAGGUGAACAUGCGGACAACGUCGACUUGGGUGGCAUAGGCCGCGACGGUAUCUUGGAAGUGACUGUUGAUACUCCACUCAAAGAGAACGACGGUACCAAAGAUGCUUAUGUUUCGUACUUGGUCACCACUCAUACAGACUUCAAGUCCUUUCAAAAGACCGACUUUGCUGUCCGGCGACGUUUCACAGACUUUGUCUUCCUCCGACAGACAUUGCACCGAGAUUAUCAAGCCUGCGCGAUCCCUCCUUUACCUGAGAAGAACAACAUGGCCUAUGUUCGAGGAGACCGGUUUAGCACAGAAUUCACCCAGCGCCGGGCGUGGUCGUUACAUCGCUUCCUCAAAAGGUGCACUCUGCACCCGGUAUUACGGAGAGCUCCCAUACUUCUGUUGUUCCUAGAGACCGGAGAUUGGAAUGCACAGAUGCGAAUGAGACCAUCACGCAGCAAUACGCUGGGCGAAAGCGGGGCGAGCAACACAUCGGCUCCGUCAGGAUUCUUCGAUAACGUCGCGGAUACCAUGUUGAACGCCUUCUCCAAAGUCCACAAACCCGACAAACGGUUUAUUGAAGUGACAGAACGCGCCAACAAACUCGACGAAGACUUGUCGCAUGUUGAGAAAAUCAUUGCCCGCGUCGCUCGAAGAGAAGGGGAUCUUGAAACUGACUACGCCGACCUUGCCAACAACAUGCGCAGACUGACUCCCUUAGAACCAGCAAUCGAAGCUCAGCUGCAAACUUUCGCCGGGUGCGUGGAAGAGACGUCGAGAGGGUGGAAACAACUGAAGGACCACACGGAUCAAAACUACCUGGGGAGUCUCCGAGAUAUGGAGGCAUACAUCAAUUCCGUCAAAUCGCUCCUGAAGACACGCGAGCAAAAGCAGCUCGAUUUCGAAGGACUCACGGACUACCUGCAAAAGGCCACCUCAGAACGCGACCUGUUAGCUUCGAAUAACCCUUACUCACAUGGCAGCAAUCUGAAUCCGGCGACCUUCAUCCGCAACAAAGUCGAAGACAUGCGCGGGGUUGACCAUGAGACCUCCCGCCGCGAACGCGCGCGCAAACUAGAACUCAAAAUUGCAGAGCUCAACCGAGAGGUUGACAGCGCCAAAUCCACCAGCGAAAUGUUCGAUGAGCAGGUGGUCCGCGAGGUUGCCGACUUUGAACGGAUCAAGGGAGUGGAGUUUCGCGAUAGCCUGGGCGCUUUGGCAACCCAACAUAUGGAGUUUUACCAGAAUGUCAUCUCGACGUGGGAAAGGUUCCUGGUUGAUAUGGAUGCUGACAAGCACAUACACAAAGAUAAGGGGAGGGCAGCUGCAUAG